ACUAAUGCAAUUCCAACUAUGACACCGGCCGAUUUCGACUCCGUGGCAAAGCAUGUGUACAUAAACCUCGAACACAUAAAUCGAUACCUCGGUAAGGCAAAGAUCGCUUCUAAAUUCCACACCACUAGUGACGAACUGCCGGCAACGCUGCUUGCCCUCACAAAGGAAGACAUCCCAGAAGUACCGGUGAAGGCAUUCGAUCCACUGGAACGACCCAGUGAGGAAGAAAUUGACACACUUUUCGACACAAUCCGAUCACGAUCGUCGCAAACCAGCAACGGUACCGGUGCCAACAAGCAGACCCAACGGCAUGGAUCGUUUAAGAAAACAACGGCCGCACCUCUGCAACAAUCCCGAUUGCUGAACGACACCAAUCUGAUAGCGAACUCAACCAGCUCGUUAACAGGUUCCUGCUCCGAUAUGACCGCAUUGGUAAACAAAUCAUCCAAGCAACCAGCGAUCGAUGUGGAAUUGCUCGUUGAUCGUUUACGGCAGUCGAUCGCUGCGCUGGGUGCGAUCGAAAAUGGAAAGAUUGAAUGUAUCGAUUUGGCACAGAUGCGCCAACAGUUCCGGCGCGAAUGGGCGGCCAAUCUGAGGGCAUGCCGUAACGUGGAAGCCUUGCUGGAUGAAUUUAAACAGCAGACAGAAAGCAAUGGAUCGGUUACGAUGAAGAAGGAACCGUUGAUAAGCAGUGAGUUGGUAAAGUCGAUGAAACAAUUACAAACGAAAUUACACUAUGCGAUAUCGAUUAAAAAAGCCGACGUACUGCCCGACAUGACCAAAACGCUCAGCAAGGACGUGUUUCCGCUGUCCGAGUGUCUCGAUACGAUUGACGAAACGAUCAGAGAGAAGCAGCUGUAG